AGUGAGAGUGCCAUUGUGAAGGAGAGGGAACUGUCCCUGGAGCUUGCCAGAAUCCGUGAUGAAGUGGCUGUCAGUGUUGCACACUGGGAGCAGUUGCAGCAGGAGAAGGAGGAACUGGAGCGUCGUUUUGAGUCUGAGCUGCAGGGAUUGCGGGCUCAGCAGCAGAAGGAGCUGGGAGCGCUGGAGGAGCGGCUGAAAACACAGCACGUGGAUGAGACGAAUAGUCUGCAGGCCCUGCAGCGAGCUGAGCUGGAAGAGCUACACUUCAAACAGCAGGAGCAGCUUGAGGAGAUGAGUCAGAACCAUGAGGCGUCCUUGAUGGAGAUGGAGACGGCUCACAAUGAUACACUGGCCACUCUGCAAGAGGAGCAUGCCAGGACUGUGAAGAAUUUGAAGAUGGCCCAUGAACAACAGAGGAAGUCUUUGGAAGAAGAGUUUGAAAAGAUCAGACUGUCACUGCAGGAUCAGGUGGACACACUGACAUUUCAGAACCGUAGUCUCAGAGAUCGAGCAAAACGAUUUGAAGAAGCUCUCCGCAAAAGCACAGAUGAGCAGAUCGUGGAUGCUUUGGCUCCCUAUAAACACAUUGAGGAGGACCUGAAGAGCCUCAAAGAAGUUCUGGAGAUGAAAAAUCAACAAAUCCAUCAGCAGGAGCUGAAGAUUUCAGAACUGGAGAAAAUAGCUGCAAAGAAUGUGUUCCUGGAGGAGAAACUACAAGUGUUACAACAGCAGAAUGAGGACCUGAAGGAACAAAUAGACAAGAAUCUCGCUGUGUCCAGGCAACUCUCUGAAGAGAAUGCUAAUCUGCAAGUGAACGUGGAGAAGGAGAGCAAUGAGAAGAAGCGCCUUAGUCGCACCAAUGAGGAGCUGCUGUGGCGCCUACAGACCGGAGAGCUGAGUCCUCGCAUGUCCCCCAGCUCCUCCCCUAUCCAUCGGCCACCCUCUGGACCAGGCUCUCCUGCCCGUCCACACUCGUAUCACCAGUGAUGCUCUUCUGGAAGUUCUCGUCACCAAAAGCUUUUAGCUGGAAUCAGAAGGCCUCAUUUGUUUUAAACCUCUUGGGUGAAUGUUUCUCUCAAUCAGAAGAGGGAUGGAUGUUACACUAUAUAAACACAAAUAGGUCUGUUUGUUGGGAAAAUCCACUUGCCUAUGUGAUUUAAAGUUUGAACCCCACUGACCUAACCAAUUGUACUGUUAAUCACACCUGUUACUAAAAGAAGGAAUUCUCUGCCCUCAGAUUUUCCAACUCCACACGAACACAACACACAGCAGAUGCACUGAAAAACUCCCACAGAUUGUAGAUUGAUUGGAGAGCAGAAUGAAAAUCACGGUGCCUCAUUUCCAUGUUUUCGCCUACAUCUCCAUCUUCUCAUCCAGCGCUCAGGAUGAUGGAUGUACAAGACAUAAUGAUAAUCAAAAGUGCAACAACAAACACAAAAAGCGCCUUUUGCCAUCCAUUCUCUCCCACCAGCAGCAUCCACCAGGACAAGGAAAAUUCUUUUUGUGAGUAAAAUCACAAAACUACCUACAGUAUUACUCUCAAUGUUCAGAUUCUUCUCUGGGGCUUAUUAUCCUUUUCAUCCUGAAAUAUUGUAGGAGUUUAUGAGUGAAUAUCAAGCCGUUUAACCUCAAUCAUCCAUGCUACUUUAACUUGCAUAUUAGCAUUGACCUGAAAUGUGUGGCUACAACAACAACCCAACUUGUAUCUUCUGAACUGCCAACACAGUCAACAGUUUUCCUGACCAUACUUUGUAAAAUCUGUACAUGUAUUGCUCUCUUUAAAGCAUGAUCUGUCUUCCAGUUAUAAUUAACUAUAUUUUAGGAUUGCCUACAGUGUGAUGAAGUGGCACGGAAGGGCAGUGGAGCAUCGCGAUUUAAAAGGAAUUUCUUAUUAACUUGAACAGGAUUCAUUAAAGGUAAAACAUUGCGUUAUACAUUUCACACUAGGUGAGUUGAUGCCCUUCACACCCUUCAGAUGAAUUAAUAUAAUAGACUGCUCAAAAGGUUAACACUUGAUCAUCGCAGUAUGAAGCAAAGUCAGUUA